AUGGUUCUUUUCCAAGCGGCUCAACCCUGUAAACCUACUCCUCCUAUCACUUACCAUGAAAUGCUGUUCAGCAACAAGCACCGAAUCCCGGCAGAUCAGUCAAUCUACGUUGAUGCGGCUACCAAGCGAACCGUUACUUAUGGGGAGCUUCAGACUUUGAUUGGACAAUAUGGUGCCGGCCUGUACAAGCAAGGCAUGCAAGUUGGCGACGUGAUUGCAAUCUGUGCCCCCAACUCGGUGGAUUAUGCAGUUCUGUUCCAUGGUAUUCUUGCUUCCGGUGGUAUCAUGACAGCCCUUGACCGUGCCUCGGAUGAGCAAACUAUCUUUGAAGACCUUGAGACGGUGAAUGCCCGAUUUAUCGUGGCCCAUCCUUCGACACUUGAUAAAGUUCACCGCGCAGCGACACGGCUUGGUAUUCCAAAGGAACGUAUUUGGGUUCUUGGUGAGCCUUCUUCGGACAGCGAUUUCCAGUCGGUCUAUCAAGCGUUGCUGGAUCACGAUGACUUCUUGAAAAAGUUCCCGACUUUUACCCCAGAGGAACUCAAGGUUACACCUGCUAUGCUCUAUUUCACCUCUGGUACAACGGGAAGGAAAAAAGCUGUCAACAUGUCACAUCAUGUUGUAUGCACCGGUUUCAUUCAGCGUGAUUGGUGGAUGCCUGGGAAUCCCAGUGUCUCCUUUACCGAAUUUCACCACGGGUCGGCUUUGAUGGUCACUUUUUCAUUGACUGUUUUCAGCGGAAAUCCAACUUAUAUCAUGACCGAGUUCGAUUUCGAAACCUUUUGUAAACUAGUGGAAGAAUAUCGCAUCACUUUUGUGGCUCUGCAAACAUGGAUCGCGGCGAGAUUGGCCAAGGAUCCUAUUGUAGAUAAAUACAACCUGUCAUCCCUCCAGCGUGUGCUCUGUGGUGGUGCGACAUUGGACCCUGCUAUUAUGGAAAUGGUUUACAAACGUCUUGGUAUCAAGAUCCUGAAUUUGUGGGGUAUGACAGAAACUCUGAAUGUCCUGUUAUGUACUCCGGACGAGAGCGCGCAAGGAUAUACGGGAAGAUUAGCUCCAGGUUUUGAAGCUAAGCUGGUAUCCCAGGAAGGCCAAGAACUUGGUAUUGGCGAGACUGGUGAAUUAUGGGUCAGAGGCCCUUCCGUUACACCCGGAUACUAUCGAAAUCCAGAGGCUACUGCCAAGGCAAUUGACUCGGACGGGUUCAUGCAUACAGGCGAUAUCUUUACGGUCAAUGCCGAUGGUUACUUUACCUUUUUGGAUCGCCAAAAGGACCUGAUUAAACAUUACGCAUACGAACUUAAACCAUCCGAAAUUGAAAGUGUCUUGAUCAAAUUGCCUCAAGUGGCCGAUUGUGCUGUGAUCGGCGUGUAUUCUUCCGAGUACGUAACGGAUCUUCCACGCGCUUAUAUUAUGCUAGCGAAUGGUUACGAAUAUAAAGAGGGCAUGGAAAAAGAGAUUCAGGACCAUGUGGAUAGCCAACUUGCUGACAGAUACCAUCUUCGCGGCGGGGUGGUUAUCAUGGACGAAUUACCACGCACCACUUCCGGCAAAAUCAGUCGACCAACGUUGCGUCAAAUGGCUCGAAAGUUGACCUCUGCUGCUUGA